AUGGCUCAAUGGCAACAAGGACCCUGUGAAUGCACCAACGAUGUUGGUCUCUGCUUCUAUUCAUGGUGCUGCCUCUGCCUGGCCGUCAAGGAAGCCGCCGACAAUAUUGAUGACCCCAACGGGCUCCUAUUCUGCCUUGCCACAUUUCCCUGUGGAUGUGGAUGUUGUGCACUGACCCUUGUUGGCGACAAGGUGGCCGAGAAACGUGGCAUCGAACAAAAGCUCUGCACGGGCGCUUUCAAGUCAUGUUGCACUGGUCUUACUUGUUACGCUUGUACCGUGGUGAAGGAAAGUCGGUUGCACAAACAAGAACAAGCCAAAAAGGCCGUGGGUGUUCACGGGCAGCAGAUGCAACGCAACUAG